AUGGUGACUUUAUUAACCAUUCAAGUCUUGUCGAUUCUCGCCACUGCUCUAACGAAUCUUCUCGGCAUUUUAGCGUUUUCAACUGAUCAUUGGUCAAUUGUGACCUAUGAUUUAGGUAAAUUACGUUCUCACGUCAGAUGGAUCACCGUGGAAAAUAGUAGCAAUGCAUCUGUGCAUGUGAUUGAUAUGAAAAAUGAUCAAAAUCUAACGUUAAACGAUCGACAAUUGCAGAGUAUGGCAUUUGGCAUUAAAAACGAUACAACUUUAUAUAGCACUCACAAGGGAAUCUUUCGUCAAUGUAAUUAUUUAUCCGAAAAUAUCCGUCAACUUUUGAAAAUCUCCAAAUGUCGAGUUUUAAAAGUUGCCAAUAAUCAAUACGAUGAUGUGAUUCAUGGAAUGAAUAAUCCGGGACGAGAAUUAAUACGUUUACACAAUGUCGCAGCUGCUUGUGCUAUUCUAAUUGUUCUACUUUUAUGUGCCUGUACAUUGGUUGGUGUUACCGUAGGCAUACUCAAUGGCGUUGUUCUCGCAACAAUGACAAUCGGAAUAAUCUAUCUUGUUACCACUAUGUUCAGUGUAUGUCUUUUGGCUAUCAUGCAUACUGUAUUAAAGAGUGAACGUAAACAAUCACAUUGUUUCGCCUUAGAGAUUCUUACCGAUGAUUUAUGUACUUCGCGUACCAUCCAAGCAUCUUACUCGUUUCUCUUAGGAUGUUCACUUAUCGUUCUCUGUUUUAUAACGUCUGUCUUAUGGUUAUCAUUACAAGAAAAACAGCGAAAAUUUGCACAACACUGA